UAUAUCCACAUUCAUGUUCUUGACAUUCGCUGUCAAUAUCAAAAUGUUUUCAGGUCGAUUGAAAUAACCAUCAAUAUUAUUUAUUAAUUAUUAUUAUACACAAUGGAUCCGGAAAAAUCAAUCAGUGAUCAGACAGGGAAUCCGAACAUUGAAAUCGCCCAGUUGAAAUUUGCUUUGAGUUUGCCCGAGUAUUACAAAGACGAAACUAUGAUAUCAGAGCUUCAGAAUUUAAUUUUCGCUGGAGACAUGGCCCCAUAUUAUGAAAUUGUUUGUCGAGACUUGAAUUGGAUAAUUGAUGAAACGCUAUUGGAAGAAAUGAAAUCUAGAAACGUUAAAGCAAUAGAGGAAUUUGAUGAAACCAUUGAUAAAGCACUGACUAGUGCAAGUUUGAUCGAAGUAAAGGAGGCGUAUUUGAACAAAGCGAAUUACCUCAGUAGAAUCGGAGAUAAAGAAAACGCUAUCAAAAUUUUGAGCCAAGCCUUCGAUAGGACCGUCGCUCUGGGCUACAAACUGGACAACGUGUUUCAUUGCAUCAGAAUAGGGCUGUUCUUCAUGGACAACGAUUUGAUUCGACGGAAUCUCCAAAGGGCUGAAUCUCUUAUUGACCAAGGUGCCAACUGGCAUAGUCGAAAUUGUUACAAAAUGCUGAAAGCGAUAUAUUCACUGUACACUAGAGACUUUUUAACGGCCUCGAAGUUGUUGGUUGGCGCCGUCUCCACCUUUGUUUGCACAGAGCUGAUAUCCUUCGAUUAUUUCAUAAAGUACACAGUUUUAUCAGGUGUACUGGCCUUGAGUCGCGCCGAAGUAAAGAAAGAUCUGAUAGAAAACCCCGAUGUCCAACAGGCUCUGCAUUCCACUGACGUGCUCAGGGAAUACUUAUCCUCGCUAUACUAUGGCGAGUACAAACUUUUUUUCCAGAGACUGGGCGAUUGCGAGCUCAUCAUGAAAAAAGACAUGCUACUCAAUCCUCACUACAAGUACUACGUGAGGGAAAUGAAGGUGAAGGCGUACGACCAAUUACUUUCUACUUAUAUAUCGGUGAAGCUCACGUAUAUGGCUGAUCAGUUUGGCGUGUCUAAAGAUUUUAUCGAAAACGAAGUUAGUAAGCUAAUUGCCGCUGGGAGAUUGAAUUAUAGGAUUGAUAAAGUUAACCAGACGAUUGUUAAUAAGGGAAAAGAUACCAAGAACGAAGUUUUUAAAGCAGUCCUGAAGCAUGGUGACCUUUUACUCAAUCGAAUACAGAAAUUAACAAGAGUUAUAAAUAUCUGAUUCAUGUUGAUAAAAAUAUUCUUCGAAACAAUGUGCAAAUAUGUUUUUCGGA